AUGCCUAUUCUUUCCACCAUCCGGCCUGAGAUUCCCGCCAACCGCAAGGACCACUUCCUUGCUGCUUGGCCUACGCUUCUCGGGGAACUCCAAGCCCAGUCCGGUCUUCUUCAUGCCACCGCUGGUCAGGUUGUCGCCGAGGAUGGCCAAAGAGUCGACGAAUUCAAAAUCAUCCAGUUUCUCGCUUUUGCCAACGUCGAGGACGAAGAGACGUUCACCAAGUCCCCCUGGGCACAGGCGCACAAAGCUCGCCUUGAGAGCUCAGGCGCCCCCGAACCAACAUUUGGGAGAUUUAAGUUCUCCGAAUUCUCUGCCGAUCCGUCCCCUAAGCCUUUCCUGCAGCUGACCAGCAUCACGCUGCCCAGCGAGAGCCAGAGGGAGGAGGCCCGCAAAGCAUGGGCCGAGCUGGUUACUAUCCUCGGCAAGGAAACUCGCGGUGGCGUGCUUCUACGGGAUGAUGUAUUCAAUGGACUCGCUCUUAUAGGUUGGGAUAGCCUUGAGGAGGUUGAGAAUGCUUAUAAGGAACCCAAGGCUGCUGAGGCGCUGGCGGCCUAUAAGAGACUUGGGCAGGUCAGAAGCACCCUUGUGAAGUUGCUAUGA